UUCCAGCUCCAUCAAGGGGGUUGCGUCGAGAGAUUUAAGCGGAAAGGAAGAGGAAGCAGAGCCGACUUCACGCAGUCGCUGGACGAAGUUAUCAGUCUGCUUUUCGACAGUUUUCGCAGGUUAACUUCCAGCUGCCUGCCUGCCUGCCUGCCUGCCCGCCCGCCCUUAUUGUUUACGGAGAGGCUUUGCCGUCUUGUGAAAGAGGAGUCCACGUUGGCUUUUGAUGAUUUAAGGGGAAAAUUCUAGUUUCAAUAAGAUAAUUGGGUCACAACAACACAAGACGGCAAACAUGCUUCAAGAGAUUCAGGCGAUGGGCUCACAUGCCAUGGAUAUCUACGACUACCUCUUAGCGGGAAUUGAUCCACGGCUGAAGGAAUAUCCACUGAUGCAGAAUCCUAUUCCCAUGUCCUCAAUAUUGCUGUGUUACCUAUUCUUUGUAAUGUACCUUGGACCUCGCAUAAUGGCCAAUCGAAAGCCUUUCCAGCUAAAGGAAGCCAUGAUAGUCUACAACUUCACGCUAGUGGCACUGUCAGUAUUCAUUGUCUACGAAUUCCUGAUGUCUGGUUGGGCCACAACAUAUACCUGGCGAUGUGACGCAGUUGAUACGUCUGACAGUCCUCAAGCACUUCGAAUGGUCCGAGUGGCCUGGCUGUUCUGGUUCUCCAAGAUUAUUGAGCUCAUCGACACAAUGUUCUUCGUUUUGAGGAAAAAGCACGGCCAGGUCACCUUCCUGCACAUCUUCCACCACUCCUUUAUGCCCUGGACCUGGUGGUGGGGAGUUGCCUAUGCUCCUGGUGGAAUGGGAUCUUUUCAUGCCAUGGUGAAUUCCUCCGUCCACGUCAUCAUGUAUUUCUACUACGGCCUUGCUGCUGCUGGACCACGCUUCCAGAAGUUUUUGUGGUGGAAGAAAUACAUGACUGCCAUUCAGCUGACCCAGUUUGUCCUGGUAUCUCUCCACGCUACCCAGUAUUACUUCAUGGACAGUUGUGACUAUCAGUUCCCAAUGGUGCUCCACCUCAUCUGGAUGUAUGGAACCUUCUUCUUUGUGCUCUUCUCCAACUUCUGGAUCCAAGCUUACGUUGAAGGGGGUUGGGUUCAAGGAGUAGCGUAUGAGGCGUGCUAA